AUGGAAAACAAGUUGGUUCUUGGAGCCUUGUGUAUAUACCUUGUGUUACAAGGCACCUGCGGCGAGGAGAACAACCCUCUGAUUAACCAUUACGCUGAUUACGAAACGAUUCAUCCUAGCGAAUACUACAGCUCCGAUUUCGAACUCAAAGACGGAACCAAUGUGAUCUUCGAAGCCAUCAAUGAAUUGAAAGGGAUCAAGAAACCAAAAGCAGGCUUUAUGUGCAACUAUGGCAAAAAACAAUGGACAAGGUCUCUUCCGGGAGACAUUUUCUACGCCAAGUUCUUCUUUUACAGCAUUAAUCCAAACGCAAAGGUCGUUCAACAUUGCCAUUUCCGGUCAAAUUUGGGUUAUGUUGAUGCCUAUAUCAAGAUAACCCCAGCGCUCGGACGAACAUGUCCCGGUUACAGAUGCGUUUUAGCGGUUAGACGUGAAGGUCUCUUGAUGAAAGACACUAACGAACUCUUUCCUUGGACACCUUGGCCUCGCCGCCACAUUCAACCUAAGUUGCCUAAGAUCACCAAUUGA